GUGGAAUUUUAGUACAUGUUCUUCUCUGUGUCUCUGUGGGUUUCCUUUCACCCGGUAGAUGAAUUGUUAGUCUAAAUUGCCCCUAGGUGUGAAUGUGUGUGCAUGGUACCCUGUGAUGGACUGGUGUCUCAUCCAUGGUACAUGCCUAUCUUGCCAAGAUUGGUUCUGGGAUAAGCCCUGGGUCCUUGACCGGAAUAAAGCAGUUACUGAAGAUGAUGGUGAUAAUGAUAUUUAUCCAUCCAGCCUUUGUCUAUACCGCUUAUCCUACACAGGGUUGCAGGGCGCUUGGAGCUUAGAGACUAUCCUAGGGGACUCACGGCACAAGGCGGGAGACACCCUGGACAAGGUGCCAACCCAUUGAAGGGCAGAAUUGCACACAUACUCACACACUACAGACAGUUUUAGAGAUGCCAAUCAGCCUACAGUGCAUGUCUUUGGACUGGGGGAGGAAAUCAGAGUACAUGGAGGAAACCCCUGAAGAACAUGCAAACUCCAUGCACACAGGGCAGAGGUGGGAACUGAACCCCCAACCCUGGCAGUGCAAAGCAAACGUGCACACCAGUAAUCCACCAUGCCCCUGUAAUAAUAUUUAUGUAUUUUAAUAAUUAGAAAUCGAUUACAUAUAGGAAGAGCAAAAACGUAUUGUGUAACAUACUGGCUUAACUGUAAUGUUUAAUAUGUGGAAUAUAUGCAUUUUAAUGUCCUUUUUAGUGUCAUUACCAGCUCUAAUUAUAAAAACAUGUUGUGUGUGCCAACAUAGUAUUUAACAACAACAAUAAUAACAACAACAAGCAUCCAUAACUUAUACAAUUUGGGCGAAAUUUGGACACCAUUCUAAAAUACAUUUGUUUUCUUACUGGCCUAUCCCUUUAAACACGCGCUACAGAAAAGACGUCGCUUCCGGUCACGUGGUCAGAACCUUUUCAGUUGGCGCGGAAAGUUAACGCUUGUUGGUAACUUGUCACUCCAUACUCAUAAAUGUGGAAUCCUUUGAUAUGAAGUUGUUUUUUUUCUUCGGAAGUUAUUUGUGUAUACUACUUAACAGUCCAAGACCAGUGUGGAGAACAGUCUCGAAUCUGCUGCGUUUGAAUGAAAUUGGCGUUUUUCCCUCUCGGAUGUAAAAUAUGAGUCCACAGAAGCGCACGGUGGUGUCAGGAGCAUUAGAAGUGCGGUUUGUGGGAGAUGAUGAUGUUCUGGAUCACAUUGUGGAGAAACAUGAAGGGUCAAAAGCGCCACGGAGUUCAGUCCAAACUCUCGUAAGCCUGAAGAGUCCUAGAAAGCCAUUAGCAGACCCUGCUGAAGAGGAUGAGGACAGUGUAUUUAAUGAGCAAAACUAUGUAGAGGCACUUGGUGCUGGUACACAAGAUGGAGAUGAGAAUGGAUCAGCCACUGCAGGAGCAUCGGUGUUCACUUUCCAGACCAUUAAACGCUCCAAUAAAAUGGCACAAGUGGCAUCAGAGUGGGCGCGCACUCCUGGAAAAAGUGUUACAUUUAGCACUCCCGAUAAUCCAGAGGAGCCACCUAGCCCUGCCCGUGCUUCCAAGAAGUUGGUGACUCAAAACAAAACUCCUCAAAAGGGGAAGAAAGUACAGUUUGUUUCCACGACCCCACACAGACUGAGAAAGAGAAUAUCAGCUCCUAAUCUGAAAUCAGACAGUGACAGUGAUUUCUCCCCCUCAAACUCGGAGGAGGAGGAGGACAAGGACGGACAUGAAGAUGAGGAGGAAAAAGGAGAAAAGCGCGGAGCUCAGCCGAAAACCCCCAGCAAGACGGCUACAGCAGCUGUUGCGCUUUAUAAGACGCCUGCCAAGAAGAGCAAGAAAACGCCCGAGCCCAGCCUGGUGGAGGAGUACUUUGAAGCUCACAGCAGCUCGAAGGUGCUCACGUCGGACCGAACCCUCCAAAAGCUCCAGACCCCAAAAUUAGAUCGGGAAACUCUUCUGCAGUUGCUGGAUGGAAAGCCCUCCUGUUACACAGACGAGAUCACUCAGCUGAAUAAAAAACACCAGACCAAUUUCAGCAAAUGGAUGCUGCAGUUACAAAUGGGCUUCAACAUCCUGCUGUAUGGCCUGGGCUCGAAGAAGCUUUUACUGGAGAAGUUCCGCACUACCAUGCUGUCUGAUUCCAUGCACCUGGUGGUCAAUGGCUUUUUCCCAAGCAUCACUCUCAAAUCGAUCUUAAAUGCCAUCACCAGCGAGAUGCUGGAGCAUGAUGGGAGUUUUCGCACCCCAGUGGACCAAAUAAACUUCAUUAUGAAAACCCUUAAAAAAGACCCGGACAACCACAUCUACCUGAUCAUCCACAACAUUGAUGGCCCCAUGCUGCGUGGUGAGAAGAACCAGCAGGCGCUUGGGCAGCUGGCCUCCAUUCCCAACAUGCACCUGCUUGCCUCCAUAGAUCACAUCAACGCCCCUCUCGUGUGGGACCAAUCGAAGAUGUGUGUGUUUAACUGGCUGUGGUACGAGACGACUACCUUCCUGCCGUACACAGAAGAGACGUCGUACGAGAACUCUCUCCUGGUGCAGCAGACAGGAGCGCUGGCUCUUAGCUCGCUCACACAUGUCCUGCGCAGUCUCACACCAAACGCCAGAGGGAUCUUCAGACUACUGGCUGAAUUCCAGCUGGAGAACAAAGACAAUCCUUCCUAUUCAGGUUUGUCUUUUCAAGAUUUUUACCAGCGUUGUCGUGAGGCCUUCCUGGUGAACAGUGACAUCACGCUGAGGACUCAGCUGACAGAGUUCCGGGAUCAUAAGCUGAUCCGCACCAAGAAGGGAGCUGAUGGAAUAGAGUACCUUCUGAUCCCUGUGGAUGCGGGAACUCUCACAGACUUCCUGGAGAAAGAGGAUGUUGAGUAA